CACACAUCACCUUUUAGACAAGGUAGCGCUUUUCGGUGAAACUCGCAGUCGUACCAACAAUCCACCACCAACUGCAGUGUGUUCACAAUGGCUGCCCUGUGCGAAAUUCGGUCUGCUGUGAAAAUAUUGAACUUAGUUCGUCCUGCUGGCCAAUUUUCGGCAUGUGGAAACAAACACUUCGCCUCAGCCGGCAGCCAAGGGUCCUCCAGCAAAGGAUCUUCCGCUGGUAGCUCUGGUGCUGCCGCAGCAGACACCCCAAGUGUCCCUGGCCUCAGCAAGAAUGUCCUUUCUGUUCCAAGUGGAGAAGUGGGACCGGGCGCCUCCAAGUCUACCGGUUACAAGAAUCCCGAAUAUUUCUGCUACCACGCAGGCUCAUACUUUGAAGCUGAAGUCGAAAUGCUCAAAUAUAGGUGCCCUCAACCAUCUGCCUUGAAGAAGUAAUUUCUUUUAGAUUAGAUUAAUUUUUAUUGUUAUGCCUCUUGCAGUGCAUUCUUCAUUGUACAUCAAUUUGUAAAUAUAAUGUGUGAUGAGUAGUCA